CCCGCCGCCCGCGGGGGGCUCUCCUGCCUCGCCAUGCCGCCGUGGGGCGCCGCCCUCGCCCUGCUCCUGGCCGCGCUCGCCCUGCUUGGCCUGCUGGCCCAGCGGCUGCGGCGCGCCGUCGGAGCGAGUGCUGUACCGGGGGCCCUCGGCCAGGACCACCGGGAGGAGGCAGACGGCGGAGGCGCCGCGGACAGAUUCAGCGACGGGCGCGAGCCGCUGCCGGGCGGGUGCAGGCUCAUCUGUAAACCGUCGGCGCUGGCCCGGUGCCUGCUGAGCGCCUUGCGACGCUCGACAGCGCUGGAGCCGCUGCCGCGCUCCUGGCUCUCCGGGCCCCACCUGCAGACCCUCUGCCACUUCGUGCUGCCGGUGGGGCCCGGGCCUGAGCUGGCCAGGGAGUACCUGCAGUUGGCGGACGACGGGCUGGUGGCCCUGGACUGGGUCGUGGGACCUUGCCCCCGGGGUCGACGGGUCACUAACGCCGGGGGCCUUCCCGCCGUGCUGCUGGUGAUCCCCAAUGCCUGGGGGCGCCUCACCCGCAACGUGCUCGGCCUCUGCCUGCUCGCCCUGGAGCGCGGCUACUACCCGGUCAUCUUCCACCGGCGCGGCCACCACGGCUGCCCUUUGGUCAGCCCCCGGCUGCAGCCUUUCGGCGACCCGUCCGACCUCAAGGAGGCGGUCACUUACAUCCGCUUCCGACACCCGGCUGCCCCUCUGUUCGCGGUGAGCGAGGGCUCCGGCUCAGCGCUUCUGCUGUCCUACCUGGGAGAGUGCGGCUCCUCCAGCUAUGUGACCGGCGCCGCGUGCAUCUCGCCGGUGCUGCGCUGCCGCGAGUGGUUUGAGGCCGGCCUGCCCUGGCCCUACGAGCGGGGCUUUCUGCUCCACCAGAAGAUCGCCCUCAGCAGAUACGCCUCGGCCCUCCAGGACACGGUGGACACCCACAAACUGUUCAGGAGCCGCUCUCUGCGAGAGUUUGAGGAAACCCUCUUCUGCCACACCAAGAGUUUCCCCAUCAGCUGGGACACCUAUUGGGACCACAACGACCCCCUCCGGGAUGUGGAUGAGGCGGCCGUGCCCGUGUUGUGUAUCUGUAGUGCUGACGACCCCGUGUGCGGGCCCCCAGACCACUUUCUGCCGACGGAACUCUUCCACAGCAACCCCUACUUCUUCCUGCUGCUCAGUCACCACGGAGGCCACUGUGGCUUCCUGCGCCAGGAGCCCUUGCCAGCCUGGAGCCAUGAGGUCAUUUUGGAGUACUUCCGGGCCUUGACAGAGUUCUUCCGAACAGAAGAGAGGAUGAAGGGGCUGAGCAGGCAUCGGGCUUCAUUCCUAGGGGGCCGGCGUCGCUGGGGAACCCUGCAGAAGCGGGAGGUCUCUCCCUCUUCCCAUCUGGAGGAGAUCUUUAGCUGGAAACGAUCGUAUACGAGGUGAGACCUGGCCCAAAAACACCCCCAGUCCUGCACGGAAGAACAGGGCUGGACAUGCCAGAGUCCUGACACGGCCGUGAGCACGGGAAGGGGACUGCAGGGCCAGCUCUUUGCCACUGAUUCAGCCCCCUCUCUCUUAAACUGGUUUGUGGAAAGAGAUGGAACUUCCAGUGAGCUGGUGCUCACGUUAUCCUGAGGACACUCCUACCUCAGGCUUAGCUCCACACAUUCCAACUCUUCCUGGUCAGCAACUGGUCUGUCACUGUCACUCUCUCCUGUCACCGACCUUAUAAGCCAAGAAUAGCACCAUUUGAGUCUAUGGACUCAGGAGAAAAUGCUCUGUCACUUGCAAGGAUUGUAGGGAAAAUGGGUUUCUGCAUGUCAUUGGGAAGCUCUGUCCCACAUAAAUAAUCAGCUCUGUGACCCUGA